AUGGGAAAACGAACGGUAUUCGACGACGGUGCAAAGGGCGCACAUGUGGAGCGCGACUCGAAGCGCCAAAGGAUCGACAACAGCAGCUACGAGCGCAACUCGCCGCGCCCGACAAAUGGCACAGCAGAGGAAGUCACGACUGCGCGCAGCUUGCAGAAGGCAUUGCUCUUCGACCAGGGCGCGACCGCCGACUUUCGCAAUGGCCUGAGUCUGUUCAAGCGGUUUCUCGACUCGAUCCUCUACUCGGCCGAAGAGCACGAUCUGCCCCGCAAGCGCGCCAUCCUCGGCGAGUACCUGGACACGCAGAAGGGGAGGGGAAAGGACGAAAAAGACAAGCCGUUUCUGCAGAAUUUGAUCCAGGCCUGGGACUUUGCGGCAGAGACCAACUUCGAAGCCAUCCUUGCCCAGGUCACGGCGGUGCUGGCGCUCUUGUUCAAGGUCCUGUCCAGCCAUGGCGAGUUUGUCGAAUACGGCACCCUCCUGGCCAAGGCAAUCCUGCAGCCGUCCGUCGCCCGUCGCCUCGUCCGCAGCACCUCUGCUGCCUCAAACAAGGAAAACGUCAUCUCACCAGCACUGCGCCUGCUCACAGAGCUUACGCGCUUCAACCAGGGUGCCUUCGCAAGAGGCGUCUACGCAAAACGAGACUUUACCCUUGAGCCCAAGAUACUGGGUAGGAACAUCGCGUUAUGGAAGGAGCAGUCGACGCAGACAGCUGCUGAGCAGCGCAAGAAGCCAAGCGUCAGGACUACGGCCAUUCGAUAUCUCCUAACGCAUCUGAGAUUUCAAGACGAGCGUGCAAAGGUUGAGAUUUUGUCCAACACAAAUGUCACGCGAGCUGUAUUCGACCACCUCAGCACCGACCCACCUUUCCUGAUCUUCGAGAUAUUCGAUGUUUUCAAGAGCCAUGUCUUCCAAGACAAGACAAUUCCACGAAACACCAAGAGUCGCAUCCUGAAUGGAAAGACACUCUCGCGCAUCGCCAGUCUGUACAACUACAAUCUUCAGGAGGGGUCGCUCUUAGAAGGGCAAAAGGCGCCAGAUGCGCUCGCCCACGAAUUCUUGCGCAUGGUCUGCACCGAUCCGGCAUAUGGUGUUAUGCUACCCACCCAGGGCUUUUAUCCUUCCACAUUUGACGAUGAGGACGCCGAGAUGGACGAUGCAGGAGACUAUGGCCUCGACUUGGACUUUGAAUCGACACAGACCUUCGUCAGGAUGGGACGAGUACGCAACAUCAUUCUCUCGGAAUUCAUUCUCAACCAACGACCCUAUGCGAAUACGUUACACCAGGAGUUGGUCAUUGAUAUCUUCAAGGCCUGUCCUGAACUGAUUGCAGACUACUUCACCAAGCGGAGGGACUUUAGCUACGACCCCAAACUCACGUCGACAUGGAUUGGGUAUUCUGCGUUUCUGUUCCAGGCAAUCCAAAUCCCUGUGCCAAAGUACUUUGGUGCGAAGAAGAACUAUCGCGACCAUCCACCUCCGGUGCCAGCCUUGAUGCAAAGCGUCUUACCUCAGCCUCUCAACCAACAGGUACUGUCAAAGUGUCUUAACCACAACUCUGACCUCGUGCAACUAUUUGCAGUCCGCGUUCUCAUUGUCGCAUUCCAGAAACUACAAAGUCUUGUCCAGGAGCUCAAUAAUGCAAACCUCAUCAGGCCAUCCAAGCACUGGGAGCAAGCAAGCAAGGCCCUCGUCUCGGAAUUCAGUCGACGCUGCCCGCCGAUAAGAACGAUAUUUUUGGCUCUCAAGAAGCCUGGGCUGAAAGACAUGAAGCGUGAGUCGAUCACGAGGCUUUUGAGGCUUUACUACGAAGUUACGCCUCAAGUUGCCCUCCAGGAAAAGUUCGACGUCUCGUUGCCAUUGUGUAAUGCGCUCGGCGAAGUCGAGAAGCCCGCAGAUUCACCCGAAGACAAGGCGUUCCGUGUCAUGGAGCUUGAACAUUGGAUCCAAAUGGCGAGACAUUCUCCCGCUAUGCGUUGGUGGCAAAAGCAUAAAACUCUUCCUCAUUCCCCAUUCGUCACUCUUCUCAAGCUUCUAGUUACCUCAAAAGAGAACGAACUGUAUGCGGGUGUCAAAUCGCUGCUCAUCGCUAUUCUACAUGAUCAAGAGAUGCUGCAGACGAAAACGUCACCCGAUGCUCUGGAUGCUCUCAUCGCCAGCCUGGGAGCAUCGUCCGGCCCAUCAGCGCCGUCAACUGAAGUGCUUGACUUCCUCGACGACUGCUGUGCACGGUUCAUUAAAGUACCCAUCAAAUACUUUGAUGAUCUGGAUACCCUGUGUGCGCGCAACUCGCAGUCCGCGGCAGAUCUUGGGCCUUUCAGCCCCCUCUUGUUAACACUAGUUGAACAAUGGCCCUUCAAGGGUGGCGAGAAAGUCACAAGCAGCGUGGCAGAAAGUCUUGCUCAAUGGCUAUCGAAAUUGCUCUAUCUCCUCAAACUCAUCGGCGAAGACGAAUCCAUCUUGAGCCUUGUGAGAGACUCUUUGGCCGAUUCAGCAAACGUUGCAUACAAAGAGGUGCUAAAGGAUGCAUUCUUGUGGAAGAUGGGCAAGGAAAGGGCUAAAGAGAGUCUGAAACUCGCAACUGGCGCGGAUUUUAGCGGCUCAGAGAGAUCCAGUGCAUCGCCUGUUCCGACAGAAGCGCCUGAGUUGCUGACUCGAGUUCGCCCUGACAUCGAUCCUGAGCUACCUCCCGCAGAGGACGAGAAGCAUACUGGUCUCACACGAUGGAAGAAGAAGGACUUGGAUGAAGCUAUCGAUGAUGGAGACAUCGGAGACUUGAUGCUGUGCUUGUGUUCAAAACAUGCCGAGAUCCGCUUGCAGGCUGUCAACAGCAUCCGGCAGCUGAUGGCGACGAUAGGCGCAGAGGAUAUCAAACCUGAUGUUCAGCAAAUCUACGUGCUUUUCGGAGAAGUGCUUGAAACCGUUGAUCCCACGGGCUCGCAAGUGCUUUCCUACGUUGGCGGCGUUCUCGCUGCCCGCGCGGUCCAGAUUCUAGCCGAUCCAAUGCACACCAUGUUCAGCAAGAUCAACACGUUCCUCACAAAGUCUCCAGCGUGGGAGGUAGACCAUCUGCUACGCUACUUUUGGCAUAGUAUCAUUUCCAGCGAACCGGACGAAGAUGGCAAUUACCACAAGGAGGUCGACUGGUUUCUGGAUUACAUGAUGGACUCUCUGCGGACUUCGACAGACAUGGAGAUAUUCAGAACGAGUGGUAUUUUUGAGAAGCUGCUCAGCUACUAUAGUUCCAGGUCUUGCGCUGCACCCACGAAGGAGAAGAUCGUAAAGCUGCUGCUAAGAGCUGCUGCUGUGGGUGGAAGCACGACGCUCAUCACCAGAUGUGGGUUGAUUACUUGGAUCCAGAUGGCACUCGACAGCAAUGAUCCCCGCCACCGCUCUUUGAAGACCCUGGCGUCUAGGGUGUACGAGACUUGCGAUCGGGAGAAGGUGGCUGCAUGGAGCAGUGGCACAGUCAGCGAAGCCGUUGCUGCGUUCGCCAAGGUUGGAGCUUGA